AUGCGUACUUACGACGAUACCUUCAGUGGCGAGAAGAUCUAUCCUGGAAAGGGUAAGCUCUACGUCCGCGGGGACAGCAAGAUCUUCCGCUUCCAGAACGGCAAAACCGAAUCCCUCUUCCUCCAGCGAAAGAACCCGAGACGGAUAGCAUGGACGGUAUUAUUUAGGAGGCAGCAUAAGAAGGGUAUUUCAGAACAUCACCUUGCAUACACAUCGACCAAACUCGUAUUAACCGUCUCCAACAUACAGGAAGUAGCCAAAAAACGCAGCCGCCGCACCGUAAAACAACAGCGCGGCAUCGUAGGCGCCAGUCUUGACGUAAUCAAAGAACGCCGCACGCAGCGACCCGCCGAGCGUGAGGCCGCACGCAAAGCCGCCAUCGAGAAGGGCAAGGAGCAAAAGAAGGAGAGCGAGAGCAAGAAGAAGCAGGAUAAAGCCAAGAGCGCGAAAAGUGCGGCUCAGGGACAGCCGGGCAGGAUCCAGAGUAAGAUGGGCGCGAAGGGGCCGGCGAGUAAGGUCAGUGCGAAGAGUCGUUAG